AUGCCUCCCCUCCUUGCCCCCCUCUUCCUGCUACAGCUUGUAGUUCUUACCUUUGUGAGUGGAGGAGCAUACUACGGUCACAAGCAGCAUCCUCAGCCAUACCAACCGAUGCAGCAUAUCCAACAUAUUGGCAUGGGCAAAGGUGGCUUCCCUCAGCAGCAGUACCUAGGCAAAGACAUGCCCUAUUUGCAGUAUCCCCAUUACAGCAAGGAGCUCCCACCAAUGCCCAUGCACAAGGGAAAGGAAAAUGCUCAUAAGGGGGGAAGCUACAAUGGUGGCAAAGACAAAGGCCAGACAAUUCCUAGUGGUGCUGAGGGAAUUCCCCAAGGAGAGCCAGGCCCUGCUGGCCCACCUGGGCCACCUGGACCAGAGGGACCUCCAGGACCUCCUGGGCCUCCAGGGAAUGGGUUGCCAGGACCUGCAGGACGGCCUGGACCUCCUGGUCCACCGGGAAUUCCAGGAGUUGGGAAACCAGGUUUUCCUGGGCUUCCUGGAAAACCUGGAGGAACUGGUAUUGAUGGCCCUCAAGGAGAAAUGGGCCCUAGGGGUGAAGAAGGACCACCAGGACAGCCAGGGCCUCAAGGACCCCCAGGACCACCUGGACUUCCAGGAAUAGGUAAACCAGGUGUUCAAGGUUUACCAGGUCAAAUGGGGCCCAAAGGUGAGCCAGGUCACAAAGGUCUUCCAGGUUUACCAGGACUGCCGGGACCUAAAGGAGACAAAGGGAUGGGGCUGCCGGGACCACCUGGACACAAAGGGCUUCCAGGGCUCCCUGGGCCUGCUGGUCCAAGAGGAUUGCCUGGUUUUGGUAAACCUGGAUUGAAUGGCACACCAGGACAACAGGGACCACCAGGGGAAAAGGGACAUCCAGGACAUCAAGGGCCAGCUGGACCACCAGGUGAAAAAGGACAGCCUGGCCCAGAAGGUCUACCUGGUCAAGGGAAGCCAGGUCAAAAUGGUCUACCAGGACAACCAGGCAUGCCAGGUGUGAAAGGUCAUCCAGGACCACCAGGUUUGCCAGGAAAGCCAGGAUUGCCAGGACUUGGUAAACCGGGACUCCCAGGACCAAAGGGUGAUAAAGGUAUGAGUGGGCCACCUGGAUCACCUGGACCAAAGGGAGAUAAGGGUUACAGCGGUCUACCUGGUAUGCCUGGACCUUCUGGACCAAAAGGUCCUGAAGGUCAUCCAGGUCCUACUGGACCCCCAGGGCCUAUGGGUGCACCUGGUCCUAAAGGAGACUGUGGAGAAGAAGGACCUAAAGGUUUUGAUGGAGCCCAGGGUGAGCCUGGUCCUCAAGGGUUACCUGGAAAGGAUGGCCUGCCAGGAGACCAGGGAGAGCCAGGACCAAGAGGCCCACCAGGACCAAUUGGUGCCAAAGGAGACAUUGGACCUGAAGGUCUACCUGGUGUUCCUGGUUCUUCAGGACCUCCUGGUCCCAAAGGAGAAAGAGGUGAACCAGGUGAAGUGGGACCACAAGGCCCUAAAGGAAUCCCAGGAAUGGAUGGUGCAGCAGGACCAAUUGGACCCCCUGGUCUUCAAGGACCAAAAGGAGAUUAUGGUCCUCCUGGUCCACCAGGCAUUGCAGUUGAAGGAGGUCCAGGUCUACCUGGUUCCAUAGGACCCCCAGGAAAAGAAGGUCCAUCAGGACCCCCUGGGCAACGAGGUCUGCCUGGCCCUCCUGGACCACCAGGUCCACCUGGAAUACCUAGUGUGUCACCUGAAAUGGCAGGAGUGCUUUCUGAGAUGGGCCCAAGACUAGACGGUGUUAAAGCUGGAAGUUAUGGCAAGAAGGGCAAGUAUGGAGGCAAUGGGGCAGAAGUAAUGGGUCCCAGUGGGCUGGAAAUGCCAGCAUUCACAGCUAUAGCAAUGACUCCGUUUCCACCUGUCGGCACUCCAGUCAUCUUUGACAAGCUUUUGUACAAUGGUCGCCAAAACUACAACCCCCAGACAGGAAUUUUCACUUGUGAAGUACCUGGCAUUUAUUACUUUGCCUACCACAUUCAUUGCAAAGGAACUAAUGUUUGGGUCGCUUUAAUGAGAAACAAUGAGCCCGUAAUGUAUACAUAUGAUGAAUACAAAAAGGGUUUCCUAGACCAAGCAUCAGGGAGUGCAGUAUUACCUCUACAGCUAGGGGACACUGUGUAUAUUCAGCUGCCCUCAGAUCAGGCUUCAGGACUUUAUGCUGGACAGUAUGUGCAUUCCUCCUUCACUGGGUACUUGUUAUAUCCAAUGUAA